GCGUCCGGGGCUUGUGGGUGCCGCGCCGCCGGGCUCCGUGGGCCGCCGCGCCGAGCCGCGCUCCUGCGUCGUCGCCCGUCGGGCCCUGGGCGCUGCGAGGAGGAGCCAUGGGCACGGUGCACGCGCGGAGCCUGGAGCCGCUUCCGCCCAGCGGGCCCGAGUUCGGGGGCUUAGGAGAAGAAGCGGAGUUUGUCGGAGUAGAACCGGAAGCGAAGCAGGAAAUUCUGGAAAACAAAGAUGUGGUGGUCCAGCACGUGCACUUUGACGGGCUGGGCAGGACCAAGGACGACAUCAUCAUGUGCGAGAUCGGAGGCGUGUUCAAGGCGCGGAACCUGAUCGAGGUCAUGCGCAGAGCACACGAGGCCCGCGAGAAGCUGCUCCGGCUGGGGAUAUUCAGACAAGUGGACGUCCUGAUCGACACGUGCCAAGGCGACGACGCGCUUCCCAAUGGGCUGGACGUCACCUUCGAGGUCACAGAGCUCCGGAGGCUGACGGGCAGCUACAACACCAUGGUUGGGAACAACGAGGGCAGCAUGGUGCUGGGCCUCAAGCUCCCCAAUGUCCUCGGCCGGGCCGAGAAGGUCACGUUCCAGUUUUCCUACGGAACCAAAGAGACCUCGUACGGCCUGUCCUUCUUCAAACCGCAGCCCGGGAACUUCGAGAGAAAUUUCUCCGUGAACUUGUACAAAGUCACGGGCCAGUUUCCCUGGAGCUCCCUGCGGGAGACGGACCGAGGGCUGUCGGCCGAGUACAGCUUCCCCAUCUGGAGGACCAGCCACACCGUCAAGUGGGAGGGCGUCUGGCGGGAGCUGGGCUGCCUGGCCAGGACCGCGUCCUUCGCCGUGCGCCAGGAGAGCGGCCACUCCCUCAAGUCGUCCCUCUCGCACGCCAUGGUCAUCGACUCCCGCAACUCCUCCAUCCUGCCCCGCAAGGGUGCCCUGCUCAAGGUCAACCAGGAGCUGGCCGGCUACACCGGCGGUGACGUGAGCUUCCUGAAGGAGGAUUUUGAGCUGCAGCUGAACAAACAGAGCAUCCUGGAUACGGUGCUCUCGGCCUCCCUGUGGGGCGGGAUGCUGGUGCCCAUCGGGGACAAACCGUCCAGCAUCGCCGACAGGUUCUACCUCGGGGGACCCACGAGCGUGCGGGGAUUCAGCAUGCACAGCGUCGGCCCGCAGAGCGAAGGAGACUACCUGGGGGGCGAGGCGUACUGGGCCGGCGGCCUGCACCUCUACACGCCGCUGCCCUUCCGGCCCGGCCAGGGCGGCUUCGGGGAGCUCUUCCGGACGCACUUCUUCCUCAACGCCGGGAACCUGUGCAACCUCAACUACGGGGAGGGCCCCCGGGCGCACCUGCGCAAGCUGGCCGAGUGCAUCCGCUGGUCCUACGGCGCCGGCAUCGUCCUCAGGCUGGGCAACAUCGCGCGGCUGGAACUCAACUACUGCGUGCCCAUGGGCGUGCAGCAGGGAGACAAGAUCUGUGAUGGGGUCCAGUUCGGAGCCGGGAUCCGGUUCUUGUAGGAGCAGCAGCCCGGCCCGUGGGCACCGUACAAUAAACUUGCAGCAAACGCU